AUGCCUACCACUCUGCGUCUUCACGGCUACGAAGCCACCGACAUUCAUCGUCAUAUCGAGCUGUUGAUUCACAAUCUUGUCAACAUCAAAGACACGACUGGCCGUUUCCUGCUCAAGCUUGACGACGGUCGCAUCAUUGAUACAAAAGGAUGGAACGACUGGGAAUGGACCCACGGAAUUGGCCUCUACGGUCUGUACCAAUACCACGCCUUAACCGGCUCAGCCACCGCCCUCUCAACAAUCCAACAAUGGUUCCAAGGCCGCCUCGCCGAAGGCACAACAAAGAACAUCAACACCAUGUCUCCCUUCCUCACCCUCGCCUACCUCUACGAAAAGAGCCGCGAUACCACCCACGAAGCAUGGCUAGACUCCUGGGCAGAAUGGGCAAUGUAUGAUUUGCCCCGCACACCCUACGGCGGAUUCCAACACAUAACUUAUGCGAGCGAGAAUCACUACGAGCUCUGGGAUGAUACGCUGAUGAUGACCGUGAUGCCUCUCGCAAAGAUUGGAUUGCUGUUGAAUCGUCCGCACUAUGUGGAAGAAGCAAAGCGUCAGUUUAUGCUGCAUAUCAAAUACUUGUUCGACACAAAGACUGGACUCUUCUUCCAUGGCUGGAAGUUUGACGAAACCAGUUCAGGUGGUGUAGGUCACAACUUUGCCGAGGCCAGAUGGGCUCGAGGAAACAGCUGGGUCACCAUUGUCAUUCCUGACUUUAUUGAAUUGUUGAAUUUGCCAAAGGACGAUGCGUUGAGAGUCCACCUGAUUGAUACUCUGGGGGCUCAAUGCAAAGCUCUUGCGAAGUUACAGGGCGAGAAUGGUAUGUGGCGCACAUUGCUCGACAUCCCUACAAGCGAAGGCAGCUACGAAGAAGCUUCUGCAACAGCCGGAUUCGCCUACGGCAUGUUGAAGGCUGUACGAAAACGUUACAUUGGCAGAGAGUACGAAGCAGUCGCACACAAAGCUGUAAAAGCUGUGAUCGGAAGCAUUAGCGAAGAUGGAGAAUUGCAAAACACCAGCUUCGGCACUGGUAUGGGAAGUGACCUGCAGCACUACAAGGAUAUCCCAAUCACUAGUAUGCCAUACGGACAAGCAAUGGCGAUGAUGAUGCUAGGUGAAUUCUUGAGGGUAUUUGUCUAG